AUGCUCCGCUUUCACUGUAUUUUUACCAAAGCAUCUCGACAAGCUUUGCUUCGGCAGUCUCCCAUCAUCACAAAGCCAUUGCUUAUUCGUCUGUUCCAAACGUCUUCAACACAAUACAAACUCUUUACUGGACACAAGAAACACGCCGAGCCUAUCACGAAGCCAAACACCACCAUUAAUCCAAAAUCUGUUGGAGCUACAGAUGAGGAUCCACUCAAGGGCUCACUGUCAACCCUUCCAAAUCUGGGCCCCACCGAACACGACUUUAAAACCCAUCCAAUCUUGAAACGAGUACCCAAAUUUCUUCGUAAUUACACGGCCAAAUUCGUCAACGCACCACUCUCGCACUUGAUUGCAUUUGUUGUGCUCCAUGAAAUCACGGCAAUUGUACCCUUGAUCGGUAUUUGGUAUUAUUUGCACCAACAUCCUGGAUUCAUCCCUUUGGAUCUUCCUCAGUGGGCAUUGACUAAGGGCGCCAAGGUUAUUGAUUCUGCGAUGGGUCAGUUUGACUGGAGCUUUAAUACUAGUGAUAAGUUGUCGGUUAUUAUGGAAGGGGCUUACGCAUUCACUAUUGUCAAGUUGUUCUUGCCUCUCAGAAUUAUUAUUAGUUUGUGGGGAAUGCCGUGGUUUGCCAAAUGGUUUGUUUUACCAAUUACAAAUUUGUUUGGCAAUUGGAAGAAAUUGAGAAAGGUCAAGACUGAAGUCAAACCUAUCGAUGCAAAAAUAAAGACUAAACAGGUUGAUAAACCGAGACUAUAG